CAUCUCCACUGCUGGGCACGGAUGUGGUCAUGCACCCUGGGGCCUCACGGGCCUAUCCUCCCCUCACUCCUGGCUCCCAACCCCAGCCAGCUUGGGAGCAGCACCUGCCACCGCCCAUGGCCCCAUUACGCCUGCCUGGCAGCACCCUAUUGCAGCCAGCUCGCCCCAUGACACCUCAGGCCCCACUCAAUGGGAAUGCUUCCAGGGCCCUCAUGGGGAGUGCUUUGUGUCCUGCACCCCUUGGCAUAGCAAGCGCUGCGGGGGACAGCGGGGUGGCUGCCCCGCCUAUUGCAGCAGCUCAGGCUGGCAAGGGAGGCUUGGCCCCAGGCCUUCCUCCUCAAGCUGCACCACCAGCUGCCCAGGUGGCCUUCAACCUGCCCCCAGGGAGCUCUGGGCUGUGGCCACAUGGCACCUCUGGGGCAGGCAGCCUGCAUGCCUCCCAGCACAGGGGCCCUCAGGAGGACGCCUCUCACCAGAACAGCGUCUAUCAGAACUUCCGACGCUGGCAGCGCUUCAAGUCCCUGGCCCGGAGCCACCUGCCCCAGAGCCCUGAUGCGGAAGCUCUCUCCUGCUUUCUCAUCCCAGUGCUUCGCACCCUGGCUCGCCUGAAGCCCACCAUGACGCUGGAGGAGGGAAUGCGGCAGGCCAUGCAGGAAUGGCAGCACAUGAGCACCGUUGAGAGGAUGGCCUGUUAUGAAAUGGCAGCAAAGUUCAUGCAAUUUGAGGCAGAGGAUGAGAUCAGGAUGGGCAACUUGUCCUGCACAACAAGGAGGGCACAGGGCAUGCCUCCCCCAGCUCCACCAAAGCUGGCUCCUCAGGAACCCACAUCCCGCAAAAGGGGCACUCAAUCCUGGCAGCUGCUGGAGAACAAGGCCCCCGAGGAGAUUCCCCCUGAGGCUCGCAGGGAGCAUGGGGACAUCCCGGAGGCACUGGUGGGUCCUGGCCCCUCAGCCACAGGCGAGUCACAUAUGGAAGGUCCAGAGGAUGGAUAUGAGCUGCCACAGGACGAGGACGGCUGCUUCCCAGACCCGGAUCUCCUCAGCUACGUGGACAAGCUGUGUUCCCAGGAGGACUUGGACACCAAGGUGGAGGCAGUCAUUCACCCCCGAUUCCUGGCAGAGUUGCUUUCCCCAGAACCGGAGCUGGAUCUCUCGGGCCUGGCUGAGGAGCUGGAGCAGGAGGAAGGACUCUCCCCUGAAGAGGUGGCCGGGGGAGGGAGCAACACUCAGGGAGACUGGGGCAGGGGGGGAACCCAGGUGACCCAGGACAUCCAGGAGGCAAGGACCCAGCUGGUGCAGAAACGAGUCCUGGCCUCGGAGGAGGAUGACGGGGUGCCAGCCACCCCCAAUCACAGGGCACCCCACCUGGACUCAAGACCUUCAGAGUCCGCGGCCCGACAAGAUGCCCAGAGGAACGAGCAAGGCCCACAGCCCGGGAGAAUGGGCCUCAGCUCAGGCCCCCUGCAAGCUGCCAAGUCUAGAAAGCGGGCUCGGUGUGGAGGCCUGGCUGCUGCUGAGGACCUGGCCAGGCCUAGGGCUGACCUGCGAGGCUCUGGGAGGCACACCCUGGCUCUGGGGCUGGUUGACCCUUCACAGCCCAACAGGAGCACGUGUGACCCAGGUGUCACAGGGAGGAGGAGGAAGCAGCACUGCAGCCAGUAG